GGGGCCGAGCCGCCUCGGGAGCUGCUGCCGGAGCCGGCGCCCGCCAUGGGCGCGGGGCGCGGGGGGAUGCGCUGCAUCAAGAUCCUGCUCUUCAUCUUCAACCUGACCUUCUGGCUGGCAGGACUGGCUGUCAUUGCCUUCGGGCUGUGGCUGCGCUUCGGUGGGGCGAUGGCAGACUUUGCUACAGACAAGAAGUCCCCGGAGUAUUUCUUCCUGGGACUCUACGUGUUGGUGGGAGCAGGGGCCAUCAUGUCUGCAGUCGGAUUUUUCGGGUGUUGUGGAGCAGCCCGGGAGUCUCAGUGCUUACUUGGAGCAUUCUUUGCCUGCUUGUUGGUGAUAUUUGCAGCUGAGGUCACUGCUGGAGUAUUUGCCUUUCUAGGCAAGAAAGUGGCAAUACAGGAGGCCCAGAAGAUCUAUGAAGAUGCUUAUGAUGACUAUAUGAAAAACCCAGUGGGGAAGGUCAACAGUACCAUCUACCGCUACCACGUGGCUCUCCAAUGCUGUGGGAAAGGUAACGUGGAACAAGUGGCAUUACCCUGUCCAGAGAAUAUCCAGCUGCCAAAGAACUGCCUGGUUGAAAUUCAGAAUGUAAUUGAUACUAAUCUGCAUUUAGUUGGAAUUGUUGGAAUUGCAAUUGCUGGCAUCACAAUCUUUGGCAUGAUAUUCAGCAUGAUUCUGUGCUGUGUGAUCCGUAACACACGAGACAUGAUCUAAAACUUUCACUGCACAACUGGGUCCCCAGGAGUUCCAGACUAAGCUUACAAGAAGUGCUCUUCUACCCAAUUUAAUAAUUGUAAUGCAUUUUAAUCAGUGUUUUAACAUACUGAGAGGAAAAUAGCCCAUUAGGUGAUCAGGUGAAUUGUAUUAGUUAUAGUAAAACUGAAGUGAACAACAA